AUGGCAGAAACAACAGUUACUGAGUUUCCUGGUCGGAUUUCGUGGAAAAGUGUCAUCACCCUGAAGAAGAUUGUUAAUAAGUUCGAGGAAAUGGAUCUUUUAGAGAAUGAAGAAAGUGAACAUGAAGAAUUUACUCCCAAUCCCCCCAAACCUGCCACCAAGAAGAGAAAGGCUGAAGCUACUCUUAAAGAAGCAGUCAACUUGAAGAAGAAGCUUGCUUAUGAAUCGAUUCCGGCCCGCAUUCUUACUCCCCCCUCCGCGACCUUAAGUCCUCGGGCUGAGACACCUCCUCCUCGGGCUCAGACACCUUCUCCUCGGGCUCCAACACCUUCUGUUGGAUGUAAAUGUAAUGAGCUGAAGGAGGAGCUGAAAAUAGAGUUGAAAGAGGAGCUGAAAGAGCUGAAAACAGAGCUCAUCAAAGAGCUGAAAAUCACAAUUAAAGAAACUCAACAAACUCACCUUGAGUCGUUCAAGAAGAUGGUUUUUAUACCUAUUUUGCAAGUUAAGGAUUCUAAGAAGGAUGGCGAAGAGGAGAAGAGCAAGGUUGAACAGAAGAAGGAGAAAAGCAAGGUUGAACUGAAGGAGGAGAGGAUCGAUGGGACUGUAGGGGAUGAUGAUGAGAAGGUGAAUGAUGUAAAGAAAGAUGUGGCUGUGGGGGAUGAUGAGAAGUUGAAUGAUGUAAAGAAAGAUGAUGUGUCUGUGGGGGAUGAUGUUGCUAAGGUGGAGGAUGAUCAGAAGGUGGAUGAUGUUGCUAAGAAGGUGGAUGAUAAUGUAGAGGUGGAGGACGAUGAAAAGGUGGAGGACGAUGAAAAGGUUGAGGACGAUGAGAAGCUGGAUGAUGAGAAGGUGGAGGAUGAUGUAAAGGUGGAGGACGAUGAGAAGCUGGAUGUGGCUAAGGUGGAUGAUGUGGGGGAUGAUCUGAAAGUGAAGGUGAAGGAUCUGAAAGUGAAGGUCAAGGAUGAGGAGAGUGUGGGUGUGGAUGUGCAACAAGGAAUUCAGAGUAAGAAGGUUGAAGAUGACAAGAUGAUUUCCAGUUAUACAAUACUCCUCUUAAAGCGAAAUUUGGGAGGAGAGCGAGGAAGCCGAAAAAGAUGA